AUGACUUCGUCUACGCACAUGCAGCUCACAGGACAACAGCCGUCUAGUCCUUACGGCAUGCCUCCGCCCACAUCCACGACGUCCUCCCCUACAUCGGAAUCAUCUCCAUCAUCGCAAACACUACCACUACCUCCAGGAUCAGACUUCUUUGAGCAAGGCUUAAUGCUGCUAAAAAUGUCUCCCGAAGAGCCUGUAGCAGAAGAUGUGGAAGCUUUGAAUUUGAUCGCUUUCUACUGCUACUCUCUCAAUCGAAGAAAGACAGCAUAUUCGUAUGCGAGCCAAAGCAUUGCGCUCGCGAAGCUUCUACAACUCCAGAAGCCAUCCACGGACUCAAAUCACGGUGCUGGAGGGAACAGCAUUCAGCUGAUGAAUGAGCAUCGAAAGAGGCUAUGGUGGACUUCGUACUGCAUGGAUCGCAUGAUUAGCACCGAACUUGGCGUUGCGCCUGCGCUUUCAUCUGUGCCUGAUGGAAUUCAGCUUCCAAAUUCCAACGGGCUUACUGUUGACGAGCUGGAAGAGUUGUCAGACCCCAACCUGUUGACCGCGACAACCCAGCUCUGCGAGAUCAAGCGAUUUGUUGUUAUAACUGCCGCCAAAUAUGGAGAUGUUGAUGAAGAGAAACGCCUGGAAAUGAUUAGGCCAUGCAUUGAGAUGUUACAAGAGUGGAGGGGAAAUCUGCCUUCCUCUAUGACCUUCACAUUCGAGGAGAAUCUUCCAACAAGGCUGAUGGAAAACCAGUUUGGAAGAAUCCUGGCAUCAAUCUACUUGAGAUACCAUCAAUGCUACAUCUUGCUUCUCAGACCUCUCUACCUCCAGAAGCUAUCCUCCAUUGUACAAAAACGACGGCUCAACAGUCAGCAAGUACAGCCGAGUCGAGUUGGCUCCUUGCCAACGGAGGGCGAUGACCCAAUGAAAGAGGUCAAGAUCCAAUGUCUCGAGGCCGCUCGAAACAACUGCAAGAUCUUACUCGGUCUCUGGAACUACGACAAAAUCGCAAAAUUUGGUUACUGGGAGUCCUUACAUCUUUUCUCGGGCCUUGCGAUUCUAGCUCUGGCUCGUGUAUCCUUCAAACGUGGAAGCGGGGGAUCCUCGCCAGUUGAACAAGAUGAUACCGUUCUGUACACCAAAACACGAGCCUUGCUUCGAGAAAUGGCUCGGGUAGGUAAUCCUGCCGCCAAGGAUCACGACGCUCUGCUCUCUGAUGUUGAGGCCAUGGUGGAUAGAGUUUGCGAAGAAGAAUUGGCCACGCGGCAGACUAGCAUGGAAGCCGACCAUGUCAAUGAGCCAUUGAAUUUUUCCGAGUUCAUGUUCGCCGAUAUGGGUUCGGAGCACCAGAUUUGGUGUGAUACUGACUGGGAGAAUAUCUUGAGUACUUACACCCAGGAUAUCUGA